CGGCGGGCCAAAACAGUUUUCGACGACGAUGUUGCGCUUUCACAAGCAACGACUACGAACUUAAUGUCUACAGUAUUCAAGCCCUCCAGAUACUUGACGAAGGCUUGGACGUGGAAGGAGAAGGAUGGAUAUUGAUGCCAUGGCGUACCGGUACUAUGAUACGUAUUGCUGUACUGGACGGACAGACGCUUUGCCAAUAUGGGUAAUGCAAAUCAACAGCGCAUGCUGUUGACGGCCGAGAGGUUGAAAACGAGGUUGAAAACGCGUCGAGGUGGACGACUUCAAGUCGAAUGAUCAACAUGUCUCCCUGCCUUUCUCUCCCACUUAUAUCGGACAAAUAUCCUAUUUAGGACAUUUGAACUUUUUUGCGUUGUGUGUUUUUUACGUGAAUAUCCUCGUCCUCCUCUCUCCCUUUCAUUCUCUGAUCUCCCGUGGACGCCGCAAGUGACAUCCUGUUAUCAUGGCGACGGAACAACAGCAGCAGCAGCCCCAGAUCGACGGCGCCAAGGUGUCGUCCCCCACGACGGAAACACGCACCUCCAUGAAGGCGUACUGGGUCGAACACAGCUCGGACAGCAACGUCGAGACCAUGAUGUUGGACUCGAACGCGAAAAUUCUGACCGAGCUCGAGACCCCCGAAAUUCUGUCGAAAAUGCCGUCGUACAAGGACAAAGACGUGUUGGAGAUGGCGGCAGGAAUCGGCCGAUACACUGGUACGAUCGCCGACCACGCGGCAUCCGUGGUAGCCGUGGAAUUCAUCGAAGGCUUCCACACGACCAACGUCGAAACGAACGGCCAUCGCGCCAACUGUUCGUUCAUCUGCGGCGACGUGUGCGACUUGGAACGCCCGCAUGAGUCCCUCGACGUCGUAUUCUCCAACUGGCUGCUCAUGUACUUGAACGACGUGGAGGUGAAGAAGCUCGCGCUCAAGAACCUUCACUGGCUCCGCACGGGCGGCGAAGUGUUUUUCCGUGAAUCGUGCUUUCGUCAGUCUGGAGAUGUCAAGCGUACGUCCAACCCGACGCAGUACCGCCACCCGAGCUUCUACAUGGACGCGUUUUCGUCCGUGGUGAUCGACGAAGGCAACGGCAAGAUCAGCCAGUUCGAGCUCAUCUCGCAAUCCAGCGUCAACGUCUACCGCCGCGUCAAGAAAAACAACGGCCAGAUCUGCUUUCGUUUCCGCAAAGUCACCAAGGACGGGUCCACGGAAUCGUUCCAGCGCUUCUUGGACUCGCAACAGUACUCCACAGGCAGCAUUGCGCGCUACGAAAAGAUCUUUGGCGAGGGCUACGUGAGCACGGGUGGCCAGGAAACGACGACCGAGUUCGUGGCCAAGCUCGGGCUCAAGGCCGGCGAGCGCGUGUUGGACGUCGGCUGCGGCAUCGGCGGUGGCGACUUUUACAUGGCCAAGACGUUUGGCGUGUCGGUGGUGGGCAUCGAUUUGUCCACCAACAUGGUGCAUCGGGCAUUGGAGCAGUCGGUGGCCGACCCGACCGUCGACGUCGAGUUCGAAGUGUGCGACGCCACGACCAAGGAGUACCCCGCCGGAUCGUUUGACGUGAUUUACUCGCGAGACACGAUUCUGCACAUUCAAGACAAGCUCGGACUAUUUGAAAAAUUCUACCGCUGGCUCAAGCCGGGGGGUCGUGUGCUCAUCUCAGACUACUGCCGCGGUGACCAACCCCAGUCGGAUCGAUUCCAAGCGUACGUGGCCAGUCGUGGCUACCACUUGCUGUCCCCAUCGCAGUACGGCGGCGUGCUCACGGCCGCCGGGUUUGCGGACGUGGUAGCCGAAGAUCGAACAGAGCACUUCACCAACGUCCUCGAAGCUGAAUUGGCGCGCACGGUGGCAAACCGCGACGAGUUUAUCGCGCAGACGUCGGAGAAGGACUACCAAGACAUUGUCGGUGGAUGGGAAUCGAAACUUACCCGAUGCGCGGACGGCGAUCAAAAGUGGGGCCUGUUCCUUGGCUACAAGCACUAAGGACCGACUAGCUGUGGACGGUAGCUACAGUAUGCGCAAUAAUAAUAAUAUUGUCGAAGUCGAUUCGAAAUUGGAA